UCCCCCUCUCUCUUCUCUCUUCUCUCCUAUCACCUGGAAACCACUUCUAUCUCCGGACACUAAAACACGUCCAGUCGCGACACUAAAUGAUCACCAUGUGCAAAGGAAUAGCCUCACUGUCCACCUGCUGCUUGGAAAGGGCGAAGGAGCUGAGAGCAAGGCUGGGAAGUUUUCUGCAAAAACCAGACUGGAAUUUAACCUGCUGCAAAAUCGGCAAGCAUAAGCCAACUUUGGAAGAAUGCCUGCGGUGGAAAGAGUCUUUUGAGAAGCUGCUGUCUUGUAAAUAUGGGUUGUGUGCCUUCACGGCGUUCCUGGUCUCAGAGUUCAGCGAGGAGAACAUCGCGUUUUACUUCGCUUGUGAAGAGUACCGCAACACCAAGGUCCUGAGCAAACUUCCAGCCAAGGCCCAGAAAAUCUACGAAGAGUUCAUCUGCGCAGACGCCCCCAAAGAGAUCAACAUCGACCACGAAACUCGGGACAUCACCAGAGCCAACAUGGCCACCCCGUCUCUCUCCUGCUUCGACUCGGCGCAGCACAAGAUCUACCUGCUCAUGGCGAAAGACUGCUACCCACGCUUCCUCCGCUCCCCGGCCUACAAGGACCUCCUCCGCCAGGCCAAGCCCUCCAAGAACCAGAGGACCGAGAAGAAGGCGUGAGCUGCCCCCCGCUGGCCGCGAGACGAAAUGACCUUCGACGAAAACCAGUUGCCUUUUUACAUAGUUUACAUAAGGCACGGUAAAUAAGCUGCCUCGUGAAGCUGGUUAAAGCGGCUCCACGCUGACCUGGCGACAGAGAUUAGGCAGAGCCGGACUGGUCUGGUUUUGAGGUGGAUCUCCGGGAAGUUUUGGAGACGCUGGAGAAGUGCGGUGAAGACGAGAUGGCUGCCGAACAGAUGAAGAGCGGAGAUUGGAGAUUUUGACUGACAAUCAAUUGUAAAAAAUUGAGACUUAAAAGCACUUUUUGUUGCCAUUUUGGGGCAAAAUUUGUCGAUGUUGAUGUGCAAUUUCUUUUUUUGUGAACAGACUACUGAAAUUUCUAUUUAUUACUAUUUAUUUGACUUAACUGUAUUGUUGGUUGUAAUUUUUUACAAAAGAUUCUCAUGUGCAAUAUUUGAUCUAAUACAUUACAAUGUUAUUU